UCCGGUUCACUCUUUUUGCUCUCUCCUGUAGGCAAUGUCUUUCUGUGAAGGACCGGUUUUCGAGGAAACCAGGUUCACCCCAGAUGAAUUCCAAGAACUCUGGUCUCUCCUUCAACCCAAUGACUCGGUGUCUCCCGUUCAAUCCGGAGACUCGGUGAGUCCAAACUCUGGUUCGGAGGGAUCCAGCCGGGCGGUUUACACCGAUAGGGAGAGGAGGCUCAGGCGCAAGGAAUCGAACCGGUUGUCAGCCCAGCGGUCCCGCUGGCGAAAGAAGAGGCAUCAAGAGGAGCUCAAGGACCAAGUGAACCGGUUCAGUACGGAAAACGAAGAAAUGAAGAACCGGUUGGGCUCAGCUUUACAUUACUGUCACGUAGUACGGAGCCAUAACGAGAUGUUAAGUUCCGAAUCCAUAGCUCUCCGGGCUAGACUUUCGGAUCUACACAUGAUUUUAUAUGCCAUGCAAUCACAAUGAGAGAGCAUGAAGUCGUGAAGAAACUAAAACUAUUUCGACCCUAAUAAACUUCUAAAUCCUACAUUUGUCUGCUCACUCAAAACAUCAGCUUUUGCUUUCGAGGAAAAAAAAGGUGGUUGUUUAAAGAAACCCCACGUUGUUGGACUACGUAAAGAUUUGACGGUCUGCUUUUUAGUUUGUCGAAGACUUCAAUUCCCCCCUUUUUUUCUUUCUAAAGUUUCUUUUUCUUUUUUUUUUGUAAGUUAUUUAGUGGUAAAGUUCCUAAGGGCUAAUCAGCAAUCAUAUUUCUGUGGUCUAGUG